AUGCAGUGCAUCGUUCUAGACAUCUACUAUUUUGAUUAUGUUCUAUACAAGUAUAUUGAGUAUUUAGCCACCGAUAAAGAAAAGAAUGACACAUUUCAAUAUUAUGCCAACACAGUCGAAGCGGUGGGAAACAACUUAAAAGAGGUCGGAUAUCUGAUGGAAGAAGAAGUUCGAGUUAAGUAUAUCGUUUACUUGAUUGAAGAGAAGAUCUUUGGUGGAUUCUUUAAAACCGGAGUUGACUUAAAGUUUCGACAAGUCCUUGAUCUCUUGCAGUACACAAACCCAGUCCCUUGGCGCUUAGAUACGUUACAAAGACUAGUCCUUUGGGGGUACCACUUACUAGUUGGAGGCAAAGAUCCAACUUGGGAGUACUAUAAGCAACUAAGUACUGAGGAGUGGGAAGAAUUAGUAGGACGAGAUGUAAGUAGUGAUCGAAAGGAAGGGAGUAGUCUUUCUUCUUUAGACAGUCGAUACAGUUACAUUAGUCAGUUAAGAAGUCUCUUUCAUGAGCAAGUUAUUAAAAUCAAAGGAAGACUUGGAAUUCCUUAUUAUGCCACUGUUCCUUUAACUAAGAUGUUACAAUCAAAACCACCACCAACUUUAAGUACGGUUGAAGAUCAAGAUUUAGAAAUGAUUGCAGCUGAACUAACUUCUAUUUAUCUUGAUACACAACAAAGUCAGUCAGCUAGUGGCUUAGGAGUUGACGGUCUAGAGAGUACUUAUAUAGAAAACACGCAACCAACUGCUCAUGCCCAUAGUUUGUCUCCUUUGGGUAGUUCAGCCUAUACUAAACACAUUGCUUAUAGUAAACCGGUUCAUUUAAGUGGGGGAGGAGGCCGGAGUAAAAGUCCUUCCCUCUUUACGGCUAAACCGGGCACGACGCCGGUCUGGAGUGAACCGGGCUUGGAAAUACCACAACAACGGCCUAACCGGCUUAAGGAAACGGUGGUGCAUCCGGAUGGAGCGAUAGAGUACACGGGCCGGCUUUAUACGGAAAAGAAGCGCAAAGUUUGGACCAUUGAAGAGGAGACGAGAUUCAUUGCAGCUCUGCAAAAGCAUUCUAAGUGCUGGGCUGCUAUUCAGGAGUAUGCUAACUUUUCCUAUCUCUCACAACAGCAGCUCAAAGACAAAUACCGUAGUCUAGUUAAGUCCGGGAAGAUCAAACCAGAUGAUUAA